AUAAUGUGAAACAUCAUCAACAACAUCAACAGUUUUCGAUACUCUCUGGAAAUGGUACCUAAAACUGGCAUGGGAUUUUUAAUACUAUUAUUGAGCAGCGGCUUAUUAUUCGUCAACAUUUAUGUUGUCAAUGCAAACUGGAAAGAAGAUUCCAGCGUUGAAGUUAAUUAUCGUUUGUCGGACUAUGUAAUACCAAUAUUUUAUAAUGUCCGCCUGGCAAUAAGUACCCAAGACGAUAAUGGAAAUAUCUUUAAUUUCUCCGGCAGAAUUAAAACCAAGAUAAAAAUUCUUCAUCCAACGCAAAACAUACGUUUGCAUGCACAUUCCUACGUAAUAAUACGUCAAACUAUGUUGAUAAAAAAAAUCAAUACAAAAACCGUCUACAUACCAAUAAAAUACGAAUAUCAUGACAAAACGAACAUUUUGACCUUUUAUUUCGAUUGUAUAUUAUCAAGAGAAAAUUACAUUUUAGAUAUAAAAUUUGAAAGUAUUUCAAAUAAUGAAGAAGUCUUCUACAAAACAUCUUAUAUAAAUGAAAAAGAAGAUAAAGGAUGGUUGGUUGUAUCACAUUUCAAAGCAAUUGGGGCUCGACGAAUGUUUCCAUGUUGGGAUGAGCCGAAAUUCAGAGCUGUCUUUCGCAUUACAAUAUUUCAUCAUAAGAACUACAUAGCUCAAUCGAAUAUGCCGCUACAAAAGCGACUUGAAACUAAAAAUCACAUGAUAAGGUCGGUUUUCCGUAUUACUCCUGCAAUGCCAACUUAUCUUGUAGCAGUUAUGAUUUCCGAUUACAAUGGCAAUCCGUAUGCAAAUAAAUAUAUAAAAAAAAUCGCCAACAUAUGGUGCAGGCAACUGUCGGGACAGUAUAUGAAAUUUGCACGAAAUGUUGCUAAGGAUAUCAAACAGCAUUUUAACUCUACGUUUGAAUUGAAGAGCUCGAAAAAAAAUUUAAUAGUGAAGCAUAUUGUAAUUCCGGGUUUCCAAGACGAUGGUAUGGAAAAUUGGGGGCUCAUUUUUUAUAGAGAAACAGAUAUUAUGUAUAGUGAAAAAAUAGAUACUCUCGCUCGCAAAAUAGAAGUGGCUUCCUUAGUAGCACGUAAAAUGGCACAUCAAUGGUUUGGUAAUCUGGUCAGCCCAUCUUGGUGGUCUUACCUUUGGCUGAACGAUGGUAUUGCUACGUUGCUCGGAAUAGAUGCUAUUGAUAAGAUUUUGCCAAAUUCUCGGAUAUUGGAUUUGUUCGUAGUCCAAGUUCAACAUGAAUCUCUCCAUUUAGAUACUCAUUUAAUUAUGAAGCCACUUAUAUCACAGAUUAACAGUCCUUCCAAAAUUAAUUCUUUUUCACGUUACAUUAAAGUACCUGCAAUAUUGCGCAUGUUGCAACAUAUACUUACCAUUGAUGUGUUUCAAGAAGGUCUCAAUAUAUAUUUUAAUAAUCAUAUGUUUGAAUCGGCAACUCCCAAUGAUCUUUGGACCGCUAUGCAAACUGCAUUAGAUAAGUCACCAUUUAAAGAAUAUACAUUUAAUGUAUCACGGAAAAUGGCUGCUUGGUUAAAAACAACAUAUUAUCCUGUAGUAAAAGUAGAACAAGAUAAUCCUAAACAUGUGAUAGUAUGGCUAGAAAAAUUUGAUAUAAAGAAUGAGGAUUGGUGGAUACCUGUAACUAUUACUACGCAGACUAAAUCCAAUUUUUCCCAAAAUUUUUUACCUCACGGCCAAUGGAUAAAAUCGCAGAAUCUUAUGUAUUGCGAAUUUUUCUUGCCGUACGAAGAAAACGGUUGGAUAAUAGCCAACUUACAACAAGCUGGAUAUUAUCGCGUUAAUUAUGAUUCUAAAAAUUGGAAUAAAAUUGCGGAUUAUCUGAAGUCUCCAAAAUAUACGGAAAUACAUGUUCUCAAUCGUGCUCAAAUUAUCGAUGAUGCAUUUCAUUUUAUGGUAAAAAAACAACUUCCUCCUAGCAUAUUCUGGAAACUCACAAACUAUCUAUGGAAAGAAAAAGAUUACAUUGCAUGGUAUCCUAUGAUCAAAGCUUUUGAACGCAUAUCGAGUAUUUUUUCGCUUCCGGAAGAAAGAACUGAACGAAUCACGAGAAAAAUAUUGCCCAUGCUGGAUGAUAUUCUUUUGGAUGUAGAAUACGAUGAUCUUCACGAUAGUAAUCAUACGAAAUCUUUAAAGGAGGAGAUCGCCAAAUGGGCAUGUAUUCUCGAUGUUCGCGAAUGUAUACACAUGGCCAAGGAGGCAUUGGUACAACAUCUGAAAUAUCCUAAGCAGCACAAAAUUUUGCCGUGGUGGAAGGAAUGGACAUAUUGUAACGGCUUGAAGAAAGCAAGCGACUCAACUUGGACAGAUAUGUUACAUUUUUGGCAAGAGACACGUGAUGAUAUAAUUUUAAAAUCUUUAACUUGCUCUGACGAAUUUAGAACGAUCCAGGUGUUUCUUACACUGAUAGGAAGGGAAAGUAGUGUUUUAAAUUUACAUCUCAGAGACCGUAUUAAUACUUAUUUUUUUAUUAUUGCAAAGCAUGCAAGAAAGAACGAAGUAUUAGACGAAAUAUUAAAAUCGUUAAAAAAAGUUAAACCAAGGAAAAUCAGUACAGUUGCAGUAUUAACGUAUAUUAUUAAUCAUGUAAAUUCUAAAGAACAUUUCAGCAAGAUAAGUAGAUUCGUGAGUAAAAAUAUGCAACAACUAAAUCCGAGUGUUCAACGCAAAAUAGAAUUACGCCAGUCUGAAAUCAAACAUCAGAUGAAUUAUCUCCGUAGUUUACAAAAAAUGGAGAAAAUCAGGGACCAAUCAAACAACUCAUACAUAAUGUUUUAUAAUUAAUAAAAAAUGAUAAUUGGAACGCUUAUAUAUGUUUUAUUUAAAAUUUAUUUAAUUAUUAAUAUCGUGUUUGUAUAUUAUUUAUAUUUUUAUGUUAUUAGUAAUUAUUAAAUACAACUUGGUAA